UUCUCCAUGGCUUAUUUUUCAUAAUAAAUAUAAAAUGCAAAACAAAAAAUUACCGUCAAAUUAUAAGUGAUGUAGUUUAGCCAUUUACGACUUAUUUAAUAUAAAAUUAAAUCUAUUUGUUAAAUCAUUAAGAAGAGUCAAUAACUACAUAAUAUGUGAUAUGACCCCUUAAAUAAUUCGGAACAGAAAUGCUGUAGAUAUCGAGUUACUGUAAAAAAUUUACAUUCAGGAUCAAGAUGGAACAAAUUUUUAUGAUUGAGGUUUUUGUUAAGAAAAUCAUACUCAAAGUAGAACCACCAGUGAAAGAUGAAUAUGAGCUCAAGAUGGAAGCAGAGGAACAAAGACGUGAAGCUGAGGCAUUAGCUGCCGCUGAAGCUGCAAAAAAAGGCAAAAAAGGGAAAAAGCCGCCAAAACCGAAAAAAGGCAAAAAGGGCAAAGAACCUCCAUUGCCCUCUGAGGAAGAAAUGAAAUUUAUGCAAACAUGUACAUUGCAAAUGAAUUGCCUACCUUUAUUUGACUUCUACGUAGCUCAUGAUAACUUUAUAGCGCCACCACCACCGUUACCUCCUGGUAAAAAAGGCAAGAAAGCCAAACCCCCCAAACCUAAGAAAGGUAAAAAAGGUAAAGUUGUACCCAGAAAGAUAAUCUUACCGUCAGAACCACUACCCCAACCACCCUAUUUUGGUGUAGGUAAUUCUGUAAUGUUUUUAUCACGACCUUCAAAAUUGGAAGAGGUGUUACGAAAGACGCCAAUUUAUGUCACUGUCUGGAAUAGAGACCAAGAAAUGAAUUGUGUUGGCUUUUGUAUCGUUGAAUGGCAUGAAUCAUUUUUAGACAGUCUUAAAACUGCGGGAGAGUUGAAUCCAGUUGAUAUGCAACAAGCUGAGUACAGAAAUACGACAAGGCCUGAAAUGGUCACUAAUACUAUCGAAUUGAAAAGACCCUUGCUUUGUGAAGAAGAUUUAAAAUCAUCGGGUGAAAUUGAAUUUUUCAUUCGCCUUUCAUGUCUGGGUAAUCGUGUUGUCAGUUACUUUGUUUCACUGCCAGAAAUGGAAAGAUUACCAGGUCGUAAAUAUUUGAAUGAUGAUUUAAAAUUGAAAGACGUUGAAGUUGUAAGGCAUUGGGAAGGUACCGCAAUUGAAGCGGUACCCCCUGUAGCUUACUUUUUUGGUGCACCAGAUAUUACAAGAGAACCUAUUAGACCCGUCGAAGAACCAAAAGUCUAUGAUGACUUCGUUGCACCUUAUACAAGCAGUGAAUUAGCUAUCUUAGCCAUGGGCUUUCCUAAAGGACCAUGUGGUGGAACUAACUGCCCAAAACGAAUGGAGUACAGAGGCAGUCAACAUUUAUUCAUCCAUGGUGAAAAGGUUAAGGGAAAGUAUCAACACGGCCUAUUUGUCAACAAACGAGAUGUCCACGGACCAUGUGGCAGGCUAGACUGUCCUUUAGCUAAAAAAGUUCGUGCAUACCUCUGUUCUGAAGGUAGUUAUAAGCCAUGCAAGAAACCGUGCUGCAAAGAUUACUAUUGAUCACCUAACCUUGUAACAUAAAUCUGCAAUGUAAAAAUUAUAUCAAUCAAAUAAACGGUAAAGUUUGCAUACAAUGUAAUUACUUUCUCUCUCCACAUCAACUGUUAUUUAGGUCAAUUUUUAAUGCGAAUUUAAUUUCGGUAGUAAAUGAAUCACAAUGGCGUUAUUUGGAAGAUGAAAGUACGGUUGAAGGUUUUGGUGUCGAAUUUCGAUAUACAUAUAACGGUUCUGAAUAAUUCUUUGUUAGAAACACCCACAUGUGUUUUGAUUUAUUUUACAUUAUGUCUAAAUUUAUGGAUAAAUCAAGUUAAACUUUUAAGCGUUAACCUAGAUGUUGAAAUAUUGAUGUUAAAAGAAAUCAAGUUAGAAUUAUGUAAUGAAGUAAUUGUACAACAAAUAAAUAUUGUUUUGUGUAAUUGUGU